ACCAUGGUGAUCGGGACUGCUUGAAUGAUAUGCCGACUUCAUCUAAAUAGGGGAAAGUUUGUCUGCUCUAGUUGACUGAAACCGUCGCAUUUCUCAUGUUCUAUGUCGGUUCUCUGCAACUGGCGGCUACCCGAUCGACUAGUCCAAGUGUCCAAGAAUAGCUCUGAAACCGCACCCUUUCUGUUCGAGGAUACACAGAAACCCGUUAACUAAUCCACCCGAAGACACAAGAAAGGCCAUACAUAGCAGCACGUGAUGCACUCACAUAAUAGGCGUGGUUGCCCCGACGCGUGCCGCUCGCUUCCUGGAUGCGUAGACCAAACUUCGGUACAAGAAACACCUUAGCUCUGGCCUAAUAAGCGGGGUGGCAUGAGUUGGCUUGGAAGAAUCAACGAGGUCGACCCCUCAAGUCACUCGAGCCGAGCGGCCCAAGCAACCCAAAGCCUCCGCCUCACUCUUCCAAGCAAGCCAUGCAGUUAGGCUAGCUAAGUAGCCAAGCUCUAGCAGCUACCCAUUCCUCCAUCCAUGCCCUCUCCCUCUCCUCCUCCAGCCACCGAUGUCUUGCGCGGCGGCGGAGGCCGGCCUGGUGGCCAUGGACUGCGUGGUGGUGUGCUGCUGCUGCCCGUGCCUGGUGCUGCAGAUCACCGUGUUCCUCUUCGUCCGGCUGCCCCGGAAGGUGGUGGUCAAGUCCAAGAGGGUCUUUCUGCGGCGAUGGCACAGGAGGAGGAGGAGAAGAUCGGCAUCGGCAGCCGCGAAGAGGCUCUCCAGAAGCGGCAGCACGGCCUCGUCCUCCGGCAUGAGGCGCCUCGAGGAGCUGCUGGACGGCGGCAGCGACGGCGACGUCCGCGGUAGCUGGAAAGAGAAAUGCUUCGCCAUGGACGACGAUGAUGGCGGCGGCGGCUGGAAGCAGAGGUGCUUCGCCGUCGACGGCUGCGACGACGACGACGGCGUGUGGGAGGCGCUGGUGGAGCAGGAGGGGCUCUUCUGGUUCGGGAGCUUCUGGGGCCGGACGGAGCAGGGCGACCCGGUUUCUGCGGAGGACCAGAUGUACGCAGGCUUGAGCUUGCCGGUAGUCCUAGAGAGAGUGCGCGAUUAGGCAACGACGAUGCAGUUUGAUGCAAACGGCUUGCAUUGCAGCUUCUACUACUAGAUGAGGUUUCUACUUUUCCAUCUGGCAUCAUUUGGUCAUUGCACUGAUGAUUCCAUUCCUUACUGUACAUAUGUUAUCAUCAUGGUACGCCUAUCAAUCAAAGGAACAAUUCCUGAACAAUAGACAGCGGGUUUCAGUUUAAUCACUGCAGAGAGACAGAUAGUGACCGGAAGAGCAGUCUAUAAAUAGUUCGAGUUAAGAACCCUG